AUGGAAGUCGAGCCUGUGGUGCUUCAUCCCCGCUGGAAGCGCGUCCUGGGUUGGAGCGGUCCUGUGCCCCGGCCCCGUCAUGGACACCGUGCUGUGGCAAUCAAGGAACUAAUGGUCGUGUUCGGUGGCGGCAAUGAGGGUAUUGUGGACGAGCUGCACGUCUACAACACAGCUACCAAUCAAUGGUUCAUCCCUGCUGUGCGAGGGGACAUCCCACCAGGCUGCGCUGCUUAUGGGUUUGUGUGUGACGGCACUAGACUGCUAGUGUUUGGAGGAAUGGUGGAAUAUGGAAAGUACAGCAAUGAUCUCUAUGAGCUGCAGGCCAGUCGCUGGGAAUGGAAACGUCUGAAAGCAAAGGCACCAAAGAACAACCUGCCCCCCUGUCCCCGCCUUGGUCACAGCUUCUCUCUAAUUGGAAAUCGCUGCUUUUUAUUCGGAGGACUGGCCAAUGACAGUGAAGACCCCAAGAACAACAUUCCCAGGUACCUAAAUGACCUGUACUCGCUGGAACUGCGUCAAGGCUCCAGCGUGGUUAGCUGGGACGUUCCAUUGACAUCCGGGCAGCCGCCGCCUCCUAGAGAAAGUCACACGGCUGUGGUAGCAAGUGGGGUUCGAGGCAACCGCCUGAUUAUCUACGGGGGGAUGAGCGGCUGCAGGCUGGGUGACCUAUGGGUGCUCGACAUUGACUCGCUCGUCUGGAGCAAACCAGAGUUUAGUGGGACUGCACCAAUGCCUCGCAGCCUGCACUCAGCCACAACUGUCCAUAACAAAAUGUACGUGUUUGGAGGUUGGGUCCCACUGCUGAUGGAGGAUGUUAAAGUUGCAACACAUGAGAAGGAGUGGAAGUGCACCAACACACUGGCUUGCCUUAAUCUUGACACGCUAUGCUGGGAGAUGGUGGAGAUGGACAGCGAGGAGGAAAACAUUCCACGAGCUCGCGCUGGCCACUGUAGCGUGGCCAUCAACUCCAGACUUUACAUCUGGAGCGGAAGAGACGGAUACAGGAAGGCCUGGAACAACCAGGUCUGCUGCAAGGAUCUCUGGUACUUGGAGACAGAGCGUCCCAGUGCGCCGUCGCGAGUCCAGCUGGUGCGAGCCAACACGUCAUCUCUGGAAGUGAGCUGGGGACCAUCACAGACCGCUGACACCUACCUGCUGCAGAUACAGAAAUACGACAUUCCCGCCACGUCUGUGGCAACUGCAGCUGCCUCAACAGCCAACUCUUUGAAGAGUUCUACCCCUGUGGCAGCAACUCUGACAAACCAAAUCCCCCGCAUUACGUUAGUCCCCAAGUCCCCUACAGCAACCGUAUCUGCAAACCCCUCGGCAGCUGCCAAAGUCCCAACUGUUGUGAAGGUGGCGACUCAAGGAGCCACAAGUGGUGCCUCCAUUGUCACCGUGCGACAGACCACGCCUAAAUACCCUGCCACCAUGACCACGCUUCCUGCAAAUGUCCGUAUGAUGGUGCCUGCCCAGGCUGCACAAGCUGCGCCAAUUGGUAGCAGUCCUCAGAUGAGUGGAAUGGCAGCGCUGGCAGCAGCUGCUGCUGCUACACGUAAGAUUCCACCAGCCACAGCGACCGUGCUCAACGUCCCAACAGGAGCCACCAUUGUAAAGACUGUAGCGGUCAGUCCUGGAUCUGGCAGCCUUCCUGUUACAAUGGUCAGUAACUCUGCAACACGUAUCCUGAAAACGGCUGCUGCUCAGGUGGGUGGGGCGACCGUCGUCUCAAGCCCUGUCACGAGCAGCCGCCCAAUUAUCACAGUGCACAAAUCUGGAACAGUCACCACAGUGGUAGGGGGAGUUACCAAGACCUACACACUGGUUAAUAGCCCACUGGGCGUGGGAACGAGUGGUGCUCUGAUCAGCAAUCUGGGAAAAGUGAUGUCAGUGGUACAGUCUAAACCAGUCGCGGGUCAAACGGCCAGCGGCUCUGUCGCGCAAAUCCUACAGUCGAAAGGCACCCUUCCUACUGGAACAAUCCUGAAGCUGGUGAGCUCUGCAGAUGGGACACAGACUGUGCUCAGCAGUCCACAGGCUGGCCCAGUUGUAGCCAAACCUGGUGCCACCAUCAUAAAGACCAUUCCUGUGUCUGCGCUUCAAGGGGGAACAGGUGGGCCAAUCACAAUCCUCACCACCAAGGUGGUGACACCAGGGGCUGCUGGGAAAAUCAUUACAACGGUCCCCAAAAUCUCAACCAGCCAGCAGGGCGUCACACAGGUGGUGUUGAAAGGGGCUACAGGGACACCGGGAACCAUCCUCAGGACUAUUGCAAAGGGAGGAGUCAGACUGGUGACACCAGGCACCACCGUCACCAAGCCUGCAGUCACUACGCUUGUUGUGAAAGCGACAACCGGUGUGUCGAGUCUGAGCACCAUAACAGGAAGUGUGUCCGCCGCAGUUGCAGGACUGUCCACCAACACCAGUGCCACCCUCGCUACACCCAUUACCACUCUUGCCACCAUUGCUGCACUCACCAACCAGGUCACCACUGCAACAGCCACUGCUGCUACUGCUGGUGUUGGACCCAAGCAGGUAACUUUAAUCAUGACCCCAAGCGGAGCAGAAACACAGUCGCUGGUCCAGGAUCUGCCUGUUUCCAUCAUGGCCUCUCCCACCUCAGAAGAACCGGGAGGUACGACGAGCACGCUUACAAGUAGCGUUCUGGAAGACAAGAGUGGAGAAGCUGUAAGUGCAGUGACUGAGGUCUGCUCCAACCCACCCUGUGAGACGCAUGACACAGGAACAACUAAUACUGCGACUGUUGCCGUGGCAACAAUAGUUGACAAUGGCUGCACCAACCCACCGUGUGAGACACAUGACACAGGAACCACCAACACUGCCACUGUGGCGACGGCGAGGACUAGUCAAGUGCUCCAGGUGUGCUCCAAUCCUCCGUGUGAGACCCACGAAACUGGAACAACCAACACUGCCACCACAGUGGGAGCGAGAGGACUGAAUCAGGUAUGCUCCAAUCCACCGUGUGAGACACACGAAACUGGAACCACCAACACUGCCACCACGGCCACAGCUCAGCAGGGCGACGAGACUCAAGGAGAUUCCACGGAGCUCGCUUCCUCCCCCUCAUCUGACUCUGGCCCCUCUGUUGCCAUCAGCCAAGGCAGAGCCAUUACCACAGUUACACAGGCCACACCCACACCUGGUCCGGCCAUUCCUGAAAUCUCUUCAUUGGUCAGAGAAGAUGCAGUCAAGGCUGAUGAGAUGACCGUCGCCACAGCAAUGGAAGCAACAGAGGAACCUAUGCAAAUAGAGGGGCAAUCACAGGAUGUGAUCUCAUCAUCUGCAACAAUGUUGUUACAGGGUUGUCAGGCAGCUCAGUCCGUGGACACGCCACCGAAGGAGCUGAUGUCAACAGAAAGGGCAAGUGGUGAGAUGGACCCUGGUAACACAGCCACACUGAUGGUGACAGCUGAUGGGUUGUCUACAGACGAGUCUCAAAAUCUGACCAUCCAGGCCUUCCUGCAAGCAGCAGGGCACAUGGAUGGUGCCGAGUCGGAGCAGUCCAUUCCUAUUGUGUUGACGCAGGAGGAGCUCACUGCUCUGGUCCAACAACAACAACAGCUACAGGACUUGCAAGGAGGGGAGGAGGCGGAGCCUGGUGCUGUGCCCACAGAGGGCCUCGCACCAGCAGACAGUCUAAAUGACCCAGUGGCGGAGAGCAAUGGCCUUGUGGUGACAUCAGCUGUGAGCAGCGCAGUGGCUCGAUUGGCGAGCACAUUUAGCCCUGCCCCUACCCUGACAGCUAGACCUAAAGCCGGACCUGCUGCCCCAGUCAUAGAUGUGUCCAACGGCAUCAGCGCCAAUGAGUGGUUUGAUGUAGGGAUUGUCAGAGUGACCAACAUGUCCGUCUCUCACUACUACAUCCCUGAUGAUGAUGUCACUAUAGAUCACCACUCAGGCGUGAUGCCAGACUACAGUCAGAUGAAAAAGAUGGAGCUUCAGCCAGGGACGGCUUAUAAAUUCCGUGUAGCAGGGAUCAAUAUUUGUGGUCGCGGAGCUUUCUCUGAAGUGUCUGCGUUUAAAACAUGUCUGCCUGGUUUCCCUGGAGCACCGUGCGCCAUCAAGAUCAGCAAGAAUUUGGGUGGAGCUCAACUGACCUGGGAACCUCCAGCUGUCACUUCGGGAAAGAUCACAGAGUAUUCCGUCUACCUGGCAAUCCAGUCAUCCCAGGCCACUGCCGCCUCUGCUUCCGGUCCAGCCCAGCUUGCCUUCAUGAGGGUGUACUGUGGCACUAGCCCAUCAUGCUUGGUCCAGACUUCCAGUCUCAACAACGCCCACAUUGACCACACCACCAAGCCCGCGAUCAUCUUCCGCAUUGCCGCUCGCAACCAGAAGGGCUACGGCCCAGCCACACAAGUCCGAUGGCUUCAAGAAACCAGCAAAGACACCAAAGCCGCCAGCAAGCGACCUGUGUCCUCUCCUGACGUUAAACCUGUCGCACCAAAGAAAAUGAAAUCCGAACAAUCAAAGGACUCCAUACCCUGCUGA